AAUCCCGCGAACCGGUCACACUGUCCCGCCGACAAAAUCACGUUUCCUCAUUUUUUUUUUUUCUUCUCUCUCGUGAUACUUGUUCGUUGACGAAAACGCUCUUUCUUUUCGACCCGGUGUCUGCCAGCCACCGUUCUGUUGUUACUCGUUUUUUAGAAACACUCGAUUUUUCACGUUUACAUAUUUCUUUUGUUUUGUGCAACUAUACCGAAUUCAGGUAAAUAUUAUUAUAGUUACACCAAUAUUGUUAUUCCUCCUGUAUUUUACAUUUUAACCUGUUAUCAACACCUUAAGGUAGGUACUUCUAACAGCCCGUCUUUCAGUGACGAAAUUUCGUGUGUAUUGUACGAUUUCAUCAACCGAAAAUGGCUGUGUUGAAGCCUUUAUUGGUUGUGCCAGAUGGAUACCAUAUUUUAUUUUUUUUUUUCUCAUUUGCUUUUGAAACUCAAAGUGACACGUUGAUACUAUUGUUUUGAUCGUUCACUGGACCGAUUUGUACCUAAUUGUGAAAAAUAAUUUUUUUUUUAAUUUCCCAUUAGUCAUCAUGAGCGGAGGAGUUAUGUGUUACCGCUGUAACCGUUCUGGACAUUUCGCUAGGGAUUGCUCAGAUAAUGGUUCUGUAAACAGUGCUACUUUCAGUCGCAGUGGCGGUAGAGGAGGCGGCGGUGGCAGAGGAGUUGGUGGAGGCGGUAGUGACCGUGAUACAAGUUGUUACAAAUGCAACCGCAGUGGUCAUAUUGCCCGUGAUUGCAAAGACAAAGAUAGGUGUUACAGGUAAUACUAAUAUUAUUUUAUUUGCCAUCAUUUUAAUAAAAAACUUAUCCUUUGUUGCCCUUUAACCAGAUUACUGUACGUGUUAUUGUGAAACAACAAUACAAUGGUUAAAAUCUAUUAAUUUCCUUUAUGACUAAUGUUUUCAGUUUUCACAGUAUAGGAAAAUUAAUACUAUUCAUAUUAUAUUAUACCUAUUGCAGUUGUACAAUUGAUAAUUAAUUGUAUUAUUUGAACAAUUUAUACAAUAUUGUCAUUUUUGGGUUUUUGAUAUAUGUAUAUCAUAUAUUAUCUAAUGUUAGCAUAUUUAAUUUUGUUUGUAUUUAAAAUUAACUUUUUUAACUACCCACUUUUUAUUGGAGUACCUAAUAUUAUGUUGAAAUACUAUUCCAUCUGUUCUUUAUUUUUUUUUUUUUUUUUUUAUUGAGGUUAUGUAGGUGUGUAGGUAUUAAAAUAGUUAGCCAGGUGUCAAUAUUUAAUACCAUUUCCCCUGUUAUUUGAUUUAGAAUUUGUUUAUUAUCUAUUGGUUUUUUGUUUAAUAUUUGGUUUUCUAUCAGUUAAAUAAUAUUAUUGCACUGGGAAUUUUGUUGAAAUAUGCAACAAGUGUUGUGACAAAAAAAAAAAAAAACAAAUAUUAAUGAGUAGGUUAUUAUACCUAAUUGUUAAUAUUAUAUUAUUGUUAUUAUCAUUAUAUUACCUAUUUUAAUAAUAUUAUGUUUAUUGUAUAUUAAAUAUAUAUAUAUAUAUAUAAUCAAUAUAACUGAAUGAACGCCAAAGUAAUAAUUUGGUAUAUAUUAAUGUACCUAUUUAAAUAUUUUAUGUACAAUUUUAUAAUAAUUAUUUAUUUUUAUUAUGUAUAUACAGGGAGAUUCUUUUAUCAUUGAUUACUCAUUAUUUCGCAUAAUAUUGACUUAACAUUACCUGAGAUUUAAAAUUUAACAUUGCCAUUAUUUUGUGUCACUUUUAUUUUUGGGUACAAGUUCCAUAUAGAUAGAAAAUUGGUUUAAAUAAAUUUUUAUAUCAGUCUUAUCUGUUCACAAGAUAUUUCACUUUUGAGUUUGAGUAGUAGAAAAGUAGUGGAGUAUCAUUUGUUGGGCUCUGUGGGUGAACAGCAAGCAGCUUUUGAAUAGUGCUCACUACACUCCCUUUAUAAUACAUAAACUUAAAAAGUUAUAAAACAAGGGUGACAAAAAUAUUGUGGCAGUGUGAAAUUGUCGAAAUUUUUUUUUUUUAGAAAAAAAAAAUUACUGAAAAAUAAUGAGUGUUUAACAAUAAAAGAAUCACUCUGUAAUUUUUUUAAAAUAAUGUUAGUGAAAAUAAAUCUUAAAAUAUUGGUACUAUAUACCUAGUUUUCAAUUGUUAUUAUUAAGGUUCAAGACUUCUCUUGCACUUAAAAUUUAAAAAAUUGUGAAAAACAUUUGUAAAAUAGAAUAUGAUAAAACUGGUUUUAAAGUUCCCCUACUUUAAUUUAGUGAAUAUAAUUUUAUAACUUGACCCAAUGAUCACAAAAUAAUUUGUUUAGUGUUAGAAAAUUGUUAUUAUUAAGUUGUUAGUAGGUAGGGGGACAUAUACAGUGGAACCUCGAUAACUCGAAUCGGUUGGGGGCGAAAAAAAAAUUCGACUUAUGGAAAACCUCGAUAACUCACACAUAUCAUAUAUUGGAAGCCAGGAGCCAAGGUAUUCCUUCGAGUUAACGAGGUUUCACUGUAUAUCCUUCAGCCUUUUCAUUUUAACAUUUUUAAGCAUAAUAAGUACCAAACUUAAGUUAUGAUGACAUCUUAUUGUUCUCAAAGUUAUUAUCAUUAUAUUGAUUAUAUAUAUAUUAAAUCUAGUUGAUGAACCAAAAUUGUUUUUUAAUAUUAUUUUUUUUCCAAAAUGUGUAUUUUAAUGCUUAAUCCAUUGGUAUAAUCAAAACCUAUCAUACUUACUUUUAGUUAUUGUACAUAAACUUACCCGCAUAUAAUGCUUAUCAUUUCACCUUGUUAUCUAUCCGACAUGGUUUUACAACAAAUUGUUGAUUAUUGUCUGAGUGAGCGUGGCAAAACACUGUGUGUCUGAAUGUGUGUAACUCUAACUCUAAGCCAGAUAGACUUUUUCUGCCUUGAAUUGACCAUUAAAAAAUGCACUUUAGAAAGUAAAAAUAUAAGGAAAAUAAGCUUGGGUCGUAAACUAGAUUUGUUCCUAUUGAUUUUAUAAAAGUAGUAUUAAUUUGUCACUAGAGUUUUAAACCCUUUAAUGAAAUAAAUAAAAAUGAAUCUGUAUUCUUUUAAUAUUUUGAAUUGAUCUUUAUUUUUUCAUUUAACAAUUUCCGUAAUAAAAAUUAUUAUUAAAUAUAUUUCUAUGUAUUUAAAUGUUUUAUACAAAUAUAAUAAAUGAUCAAUACUUAUAAAUUAUCUAACAUUUUUGUAUUACAAUUUUAAUUUUUGAGAUUGGAAUUAUUUUGUUAUGAUUUUCUGGCUUUUGCUGAAACUGAUUAUUAUAAAAUCUAUAUUUUUUACUUGCACAGUUUUUUGACUAAUUUAAGGGAAUAAUUUUGAAUUCUGUUUUGUUGUUAUUUAAUAAAAAACAAAAAAAAAAUAUAUAUAUUUAUAUAUUGAAACAUUUUGUGAGCUAUUAUUAUCUGUAGUUGAUAAAGAUUGUAAAGUAUACAAGAACUAGUGUUUUUCUUUUGGCUUCAUUUACAGUUGUUAAAAGUUCAAAAUUGAAACAGCACAAUUUUUAAAGAUUGUUUAAAGUUUAGUUACUAUGAUUUUAAAUUUGAUAUUGUAAUUUAAGUUUUAAUACUGUAUCAAUAAACAACAAUUAAACAUCAAGAAUCACAUUACACUAUACUCUAAUUCCAUAUUAGUUUUAAAAAACUCGCACAUUCAUAAAUGCCACCGGAACAGUUAGACCGCUGUAAUUAGCUGGACUAUUGUAUCUCGUGGUCAAGCGGCCUCUGCAGCACACCGCCGUAUGGUGAUAUAGUUUGUAUAGGUACGUACAAUAUACGUGGGGUGUAGAGUGUUUUGAUAAUACAGCUCACUAUGUAUUUUCGUUGUAUUGGUGUGUGUUGUAAAACAGCGUUUACCGUCGGCAACGCACAUUCUCCACCUGCGCGAACAAUGACGCAUUCACAUCAUGCAUUUUUCUAAACUAAUAUGGAAUAGAGUAUGUACGUAUAAACUGUUUUGUUUAUGUACAUAUAAUAUUACAAUAAUGCAUAGUAAUAUGAUUGAUGGUUAAGGAUAAACUUAGUAUGAACCUAAAUAUUAUGUAAUAUGUGUGUAUUAAUUUUUCGAGUCCCUGUUAAUCUGACUAAAAAUGUUGUUCCUUUCAGUAUUCCACAAUUAUCUUCCAACCUUUUUAACGUAUCUUGUAUUAUGUCAUUGAAGGCCCAUCAUUUGCUUUUUAACUAAAUUAACUAGUUAAUAGGAUAGUUUUAAUCCUUUGUAUUUACUUGAAUGUAAUUUUCAAUAUGUUUUAUACAUUAAUGUAUUGUUUUGUCAAUUUAGACAGCCCAUAAAAAAUGUAAUAAUAAAUAUAACAACAUUAUGUUUUUAAAAAUUAUUUAUUUUAAUAUAUAAAUAAAUUUAUUUGUUUUAAUUUUAGAUGUGACGGUGUCGGUCAUAUAGCUCGAGACUGUUCUCAGUCGGCUAGUGAGCCAUCGUGUUAUAACUGCCGUAAAACCGGACACUUGGCACGCGAUUGUCCAGAUGAACGCGCAGAACGUGGUGGUGGUGGCUUUGGAGGAGGUGGCAGUAGUUCUACUUGUUAUAAUUGUAAUAAAGUCGGUCAUUUCUCUAGAGACUGUAUGGAAAGCAGGUAAUUAAUUUAAUUUAAUUAAAUGAUAAUAAUAUCGAUUAAAUAUUGAUAUUUAGCAGCAUUUUUAGGUGUACAAAAGGUAAAUUAUUUUAAUUAUAAAUACCUAAAAUACAAAUGUGUUGUAUUUAUUACCUGUGUAAAAUAUUUGUAGAUAGAUUAUCUGAUAAUUAUUUGUCCCUUAUAAUUUUACAAAUUUCCCUAUGAUUAUUAUAAGUACUAUUUUUGUUUAAAUCUAAAAUACUUGCUAUUUUAUACUAUAGUCGGUUUCACAACACUAGACACUAUCGAAGCACAACCCGUGAACUAACUUUCCAAUUCCAUUGUUUCCCAAAUGCCCGCCAAUUUAUAAUCUUGUUUAUUUUUUUUAAUUAUUAAAAAUAAUAACGAAAAAAUUUAUUUUUUUUACAGUUUAUUAGAAUAUAAUUUAUUAAGUAGAUUAAAUAUGUUUUGUGUAAUACUAAUUUUGAACGAUUUACAAAACCAAAUUUACUUGAACCAGCAUGACAUACAAGCAAUCAAGCUCUUUUCUCAGUAGGUAGCUUCAAUCCUUCAGUAUUUUGUUAAAUUUGAUCACAUGAAUGAUUUUAGUUGACCCAUGUUUCAUCCAAGUAAACUACAGGUCAAGUGUCAUUACUAAACACGAAGACCUUAGAUGCCUUAGAUGUUAUACACUUCACAGUCCUAAUACUCACUUCACAUGCAUCCGCAAUCAUUUGCUGAGUUUGUUUUAAAAAAUUGGCCACUUCAAGAUUCAAUUUAUCAUUUGACAAUUUUUUAAAAACUUAUAAACAUUAAAAAUUGUGUUUUUAGUUUGGGAGUGAAUAUCAGGACGAAUAGACAUAAAUUAUUUACAGUAGGUAUCUAAAUAGUUUUAAAAACUGAAAAUUGCAGUUAAAAUAUUAAUAUUUACAAAUCUCUGAUAGUAAGAGUAGGUACACUUGCGUACGUGCCCUCUCCUGUUUUGUAUAACACAGCAAGACGUUUCUACGAGCAAAAUAAAAUAAAAGUGAAAUAUACCUAACAGCUGUCAUAUUUUUUUUUUAAAUUUGCGCGCUUUUAUAAAAACAUUUUUUGAAUCCCUGAUGAGAAUUGGCCAUGGGUUGCGCUUCGAUCGAAUGCUUAAUGUUGUGAGACAGACCAUAGUCUUAUAUUUUCAAUAGUUUGUUUUGUUUUGCAUUUUUCUAUUAAUGUCUAUACAGCGUGAUUUAUUUAUCUUGAACACUCAUUAUUCGCAAAAGUAUUGAUAGUUUUCAAAAAAAAAAUGGCAAUUUAAGAAACAAUAAGAUCUAAAAUAUUACAUAACCAUUAUUUUUAAUGGAGGGUGUACCUAUUUUCGAUUUUAAAAUGAUAACUUAUAUCAAAAGUUUCAUAAAUAAAUAGAUAGAGUAUAAGUUUAAAUAUAUUUUUGGUGACUUUUUUAAUUUCCGUCAAUCUGCUCAUGAGAUAUUUCACUUUUAACUCUUUGUUACUACUCGUCCCGCCAUUAGUAUUGAGUGAAUGCCAUGCUCACCUCGCUAUUUUUUUUUGUUAUAACUUAUUAUAUAAUAAACAUGGAAUAUUAAAACAAAUUCUUUGGAUUCUAAUAUUUAAAAAAUUAAAAACGAUAAUUGAAAUUGGUAUCUGUACUAUUCAAAUCAUCUAAAUAAUUUAUUUCCUCAAAUUCUCUUUUUCAGCCUUUUAGAAUAAAAACGUGAAAAAAAUAAAUACACGUUUACGAAAAAAUAUUAUGUUGAUACUAUUAGGUGAGCACAACACUCACUGUAUGGAUAAUGGACUUUGAUAAUAAUGAUUACUUUAUACUAUGAUAAUAUAUACACUUUAUUUAUAUAUAUAUUUAUGUUAUUUUUUGUAUCUGACAUUAAUGUUGACUAAAAUGUUUUAGAAAUGGUUAUGGAAACUCAGGAGGCUAUUCAACUACUUGCCGUAAUUGCAAUGGUUCAGGACAUAUGGCUCGUGAUUGCCCCGAGGGUAAUAAACAAAGCUGUUUCAACUGCGGUGAACAGGGUCAUCUGAGCCGUGAAUGCCACAAGCGUAACUAAUUCCAGAGCUUGUACAACAUCUAAACUGAUUAUCAUCAUAUAUUUUUCAAAUUCGAAGCCAGAAAAUUAAAAAGGAUACACAUACUUAAAUAAUUGGAAAAAUUAUAAUAAAAAUCUCUUUCCUGACAAUACUAUUUGUUUUAACAAUUUCUAUUAUUUUAAGUGGUAGGAGUAUUUUUUAUUAUAUCUUAAUUUAGAUCUUUGUGGUCAUGAAAUUAUUUAAAGGCGUUUAAAUAACUUAAAUAUCAUAAAUAUACAUUUACGAAUAAAUAAUAAUGAAAAAUAAAUAACUUGGAUAUUAAUCCUCAGUAUAAACAUUAAAUAAACCUAGUAUAUGUAUAUCUAUAUUUUAUUUUUAUUUAUUUUGUUCUAAAUAUUGUCAGUGGGCCGUUUUUCUAUAAAUCAAAUAUUUUUCUAUAUAAGGGAAUUGUUAUUGUAUUGGUCUUGUUUAUUUUAAUUAUUAUUCAAUAAAAAAUGGCAACAGAGUUAACAUCUUCAGUGUUAUGUUUAAAUUGUAAUUAACAUCAUUUGUAUUUUGUUGAGCCUUAAUGGAGCCGUGUUAGGUUUAACUUAUAUUAUGUGAAUUAUAAUAAUCUUAAAGAACUUAAGACUUUCAGAUCUAUUGUAGCCUAAUUCAACAAUAUCCAUACAAAUUUAUUUUAUUUUAUUUUUUUUAUCAAAUUUCACCAUUUAGAAAGAACAUAAUAUGAUUUGAAUUGGUUAGUGUUAAAAGCUUUAUUACAUUUUUAUCAAAAUUGAUAUUUUAUUAAUUUUAAAGUAUGCGGUCUGGCAUAUCUAUUUAUGCUAUAUGUGAUAUUUAUGUGACCAGUCCUUGUUAGUAUAAACAUCAUAUGGUAGCUCUUUUUUCAUGCUAUAAAGACAUCAGUCCUCAUGUUUCUAAUCACUAAACUUCAGCAGUUACGACUUCUUAUUGAUUUAGUAGAGUUAUGAAUUGACUAUGAAGUAGACUAUUGCCUACAGAUGGUUUUUUUUGUUCUACUAAAGUUUACAAAAAUGAACUGAUACCCUUUUAGCAUAAGUUAAUUCUUAUGUGACAACAGUUUAUCUGUUUAUCAAAACAAAUUGAAAUUUCUCACAAUUAAAAACUUAGUACCUAAAUAAUAAAUUACUUUUUUUACUGUAUAGAAUGUUUUUCAUAACUUAACCCCUUAACAUUGUUUUCUUGGAUUAUCUUCCUGUCUUGUUAAAAUCACUGUUGUUAAAAUUUCUAUUAAUAAAGAAUUUGUUCCUCUUUCCUACUUCAAAAGAGGAACUUAUCGUUCUUGUUAGUGUUCUUUUUUUUUUCUAUGAACACUUAAUGCAUAGAAAAAUAAUAAUGUCACUAAUGAUUUCCCUUUGGAAGUAUUCAAUACUCUAUACAAUUUGACAUCGAAGAUUUUCAUUUGUUGUGUAGUUGUCUAGUUUUCAUUAAAAAAUAACUAGUGCGAGUUGCUUAAGUCAAUUUAAAUUGGAAACUUCUUAGAAUUGACUUAUUUGAAAUUCUAAUAAAUUAAAUAAAAUUUAUUUUCUUGUAAAAACAAAAAAUUACAAUAUUAUCAUUCCUAUUCCUAUAAGUAUUGAAUUAAUUUGCGUCCUGUUCUUUCAUUUGUUCUUCUAAAAAGCAAUUGUUCCUUAACAAUACUGUCUAAAACUUAUUUUUUGUUGUACUAUUAAAUUUAUGCACAAUAAUUAGUAUUUUUUGAUAUGUUUAUAAGGUUUGAGAUAACCUAAAGUUGAUGUAAUUUUAAUAAAUGUAAUAUAUAUAAUAACAAUAUAUUACAUGUAUAUAUAUAAACUACAUUAUAUACAUUUAAACUUAUUAGAUACACGGAUAAUUGAUACAAUCGUGUUAUUGAUCUAAAUGUAUAGGAACCGGUCAUAUAUUAAAACAUUUAAAAUCAAUCUGAUUAGAAACAAAUAGGCUGUGGUUGAUAACGAAAUUUGAUUAUUUAGUGAUAACCAAUUAUUAAAUUUCACUCUUCCAAUAAUUUAUUUUACUUUUACUGUUCUUUAUUGUAAGCUACAGUUCCUACCGAUACCUUUAGCUUCGACGUAUGUACCUAAAGAUGUAUGGUUCGUGUUUGGUUUUUCUAGAAAUCUAUAAUGUCUAAAUGCCAAGAUUUAAGUUUGGAACAGAAGUGCAAGUUGUUUUUAAGUUAUAUGUAUAAAAUAAUUUUUUUUUUUAUAAAUUAUAUGUUUUUUUCAUAAUAGGUAAUAAAUUAUAUGUUUUUUUCAUAAUAGGUAAUAAAUAAAACGUAUCGUAUAAUUGGCACGUUUCAUCUAAAGUGUUCCUAAUAAACUGCUUCUACUGUACAUUUUAAAUUGAGAAUUUGGUGAUAGUUGUUAAUUAUAAGUUUGAUGACUUGUAUUUUUUAUAAUUACAUAAAAAUUUAAAUAUUAGAUUUAUUUUUGUUUUUAAAUUAAUUUAUACUUUACAGAGUAGAGUAAUUUCAGAAGUCUGAAAUUUUGU